CUGCCCCGCCCGACGCCUCGGCUGGACCCACGUCUGCCGGCCCUCCGCCUUCCCGCACCCGCCCCCCAGCCCCGCCCACCCCUCCCCCCGCCCCCUCCGCCUCCCGCCUCGCCACCGCCAUGCUCCGCGCCCCCUCUCAUGCGCCGUUCCUCUCCCCCUCCCCCCCCCGCCCCCGCCUGGGCUCCCCCACCCUCCCCCCGACGGCCUCCGCCCCCCCGGGCAGCCCCCCCUCCCCCUCACCCUCCCCCCGUCCCCCGCCCCCCUUCCGGGGCCGCGCUCC